AUGACCCGCGAGGAUUCGCCCAACCCAGUUUCUGAUGAUGAUCAACAAUACGGCCCUGAGACAUUGGAGGAACCGAUGGGUAGUCUCUACGAGGUGACGCGACUGAGGAAUGUUCGAAGUAACCAAGCCAACACGCCGCAACCAGUACCAUCAGACAACAGCAAGGUGGACGAUUUCAUUUCCCGUGGAGCUAUAUCUGAAGAGAAGGCUGAGGAGUUGUACAACAUCUUCCUCAAGACUCUGAAUCACUACCUUUGGGUUGGUCUCGAACAGGUUCAUCCAUCAUGGACAUCAGUACGAAGAUCGUCCGAACUCCUCGCGGCCACCAUCCUGACGGUCACUGCACUGCACAUACCAACAUCGUCUGACAUCUUCGACGUCUGCUACAACGAGUUCCUCUCGCUUGUGUCAUCCUCUAUGUUUUCUCGCUAUCACUCGGUCGACGAUGUCCGUGGCCUGUGUAUAUCAGCUUUCUGGCUAUCAGAGCACUCUUGGAAGCUCACAGGCCAUGCUAUACGUAUUGCGACUGAGCUCGGCAUCCACCAAUCUUUUAUACACGCACUCGAGGGCGACAAGGAACACUUCCUGAGGGCAAGGCUCUGGUAUAUGCUUUACGUUUGCGACCGUCACUUUAGUAUUGCUUAUGGUCGACCUCCUACUGUCGCGGAAAGUGUACAAUUACGGGAGUAUGAACUGUUCCUAGCCAGCUCCUUCUCUGGUGUGCUCGACAUCCGAAUCCUGAGCCAAGUCAACCUGAUGCAGAUUCUGACCCGUGUCUACGAACGAUUCUCUGAACGCCCUCUUCCGACCAUGGAAGGGGCUUGUGCAGCAAAUGGGAAAGCGACAAAGGUCAAUGAGCCAGCAGGAGUUGAAAGACCGCCGAAGAUCUCUGCGGCAAUGCUUGCUGAAUCCGACUUUGACACCCUCCGAAGCUUCAACGUCGAAGUUGAUCACUGGCGUAUGCGAUGGUACCCUCGGCAACCACCCAGCCCCUUCAUCGGACAAUUUACAAACAAGGGUGUGAUUCUCUACUCAUACUUCGCCAAGCUUCAGAUCAACUCCCUCGCGAUCCGCGGUGUAUCGAUCAACUCAGACAAGUUGUCGACCGAGCGCAAAGAGUUCGCCAAUAUGGCAAUCUCAGCUGCAUCGAGCAUUCUGACACUGGUUCAAGAAGAGGAGGACUUGAGGAGAGCCCUAGUCGGAACGCCUCUAUACGUCCACACCAUGAUUGCCUUCGCAAGCGUCUUCCUGAUGAAGGUUGCUGCUAGGUGGGGCAGCAUAAUGGGACUCAAUAUCGAUUAUGCCAAUGCUUUACGGCUCCUGAACAAAAUGAUAUCUGUUCUAAAAGAGGCAGUGGCUUCAGAUAAGCACAUGCUGAAGCAUAUCGGACAAGGACUAGAGAAGAUGUUGCAACGCAUGAGAACGGCUCGAGUGCGCCAGGAUAACAGAAGAGAAGGCGCCAGGGAGAAUACUAACGCCGAUGCUCGUCUGGAAUCAUGUGAUUGGAGCCUUGGGUCUUUUUAUGGUGUUGAUGCGGCUGGCCCCAACGGCCUAGAUAUCAGAGAUUCUGAACAAGGUCUGUUCAGUCCACCCGGGCUCGGGGGUCGAGGUACAACCCAGAGUUGGAAUUCCGAAUCAUUCCCUGAGCCGCGACAGGAAUCAACCAUAGCGCUCGCAGAUUUCGGGGAUGACAUUACUGGCAUGAACGACACUCUGGUGUAUCAAGCAUUUGGGAAUGGGUCAGCUAGCGAUGUAUACAACAUGCUGUCUAGCCAGUUCUUGUAUUGA